ACCAGCAAGAAAGACUCAGUUUAUAUUUGAAGAGACACUGAAGGAGACAGAUAAUAGCCUAGGACACCAAAUGAAGGCUAGUUGUUCUGAACCUGAACAGAAACUAAAACAGCUAGUACCACACAGAAUUGCAACCAAGAUUUCUAAAGCUGCCGUUGAAACAUCACCAAGGAAACUAACACUUUUGAAAGAAAAAACACGUUUCCCAAUGAAUAAUAAUCGCUCCACAUCUCCAGAUCCUGACUGCAUAAUUAUAGAGGAAUUUCAGAAAAAAGAAAAAGAAGAAAAAACAGCAAACAAACCAUUAUGUAAAGAGACACAGCUGAACUUCAUUGGCAGUGCACUGCAGAUCAGCAAUGUAAAGAGUGAUAGCAGUGUAAGUCAGGAGGUUUGUGAAGUUGUCAGAAAUAUAUUGACUUAUGUGGCUAAUAAAGAAAAUGGAGAUCGAGUGCAUAAUGAUCCAGACACCUCUUACAGUGAUACCUGUACUGGUUUUCAUCGUACUGUUCGACUUGUGCGAAACUGUGAAAAGAAAAUUGAAAGUAACCUGGCAAGCAAGAAAAAGAAGACUGUGCAUUUGGUCCGUGAGAUGGAGCGACUAGGUGUUAAUGUUAUUGAGAUGAAUGCUGGUCAGGAAACUAUAUGUGAAGAAGAUUUUUGCAGACUAGGUUGUGUUUGCAAAAGUCUGAAAACCUGCAAAUCUCUACCCAGAGGCCACUGUGGAGAAGUAUCGUGUAUGUUUGAUUGUAAGUGCAUUUCGGCAACAUCUUUCAACAAAGAGGAAGUCACAAACAAUAGACUUUUGUCACCCGACAUGUUACUUAGGCUGCAGAACGAAGUAGGGCGAAACCUGGCAAAGAAAGAGAGAGAAUUUCACCAGACAGUAAUAAAGGGGGAUGAAGGUGUUAUUGUUGUUGGUGGAGAUGGUAAUAUCAGAAAGAAGAGGGACAGGAAACUUCCAGGGAGAUAUAGGGACUCUGUAUUGAUUUCUCAUCUUACCGUUCCUCAGAUUAAAGCACUUGCAAAAAAUGAAGAUGAGAGAACUAAAUCACGUUACAAAUCUGAUUCUUCAGAAAUUAAAGUAGUUGGCUCGAGAGAAGAAAAGCCUUCUCAAGAGAAAUAUCCCAUAGACAAGAUAAAAAUUGAAAGAACAGUGAGUGGCAAACUUCGUUCGCAUAGAAUUCCGUCAGAAAAAGUGAAUACUUCUGCCAAAGCACCAUUGCCAAAUUCGCCAGUGAUUAUUCAGUUGCCAACCGAUAUUGAGGCUCGCAUUGUUGAGGAAGGAGGGAUAUUAGCUCCAUGCAACCCAAAGCUUGUGAAUUCAAAUGCACCUAUUUUAGAAUUGGAAAAAGUGGCUACCCCAAGUCGUCCUCCUCCUCCCCAGCUAUGGACACCCAAGAAAUCAGUGAUCACCAACAAUUCAGAGCCUGGUACCAAAACGAAAAAUGGUACUGUACCCAUUAGGUCACAGAUACUGAACAACAUCUGCAUCAAAGAUUUAGAAAUAACUAAAGUUGUGAGUGAAGGAGAGUCAACUGCACAGCCAGCUGUCCAGGAACCUCAAAAUGAUGUUGAGAUCAAAGUAAUAGCUUGUGACUCCACUGCUGUUCCAUCCUCCACUGCAAACACCACAUUGGAACCUGCAGUACAAGGCAGAGCUGCAGAAGUGUCAGUGAUUAAGAAGUCAGCAAAUGCUGAAACAAUUGCUCCUGAUGCAGCUGCAGAUUCGGAGUCUGGCGUGAUUGAGAAGCUUCACAAUGCAUUAAAAGAAAGGUAUGGAAUAGAACAGUCUUUUGUGUCCAUAAACAAGGUGAAAGGUAUAAAGAAAAGACCAUACUGUAUGGAGCAUGAUGAAUAUGGUUGUGAUUGUAUCAAGAGGAGAAUCCCUCCCAGUCCAUUGUGUGAGCUUAUUAAAUUAAACACUGCUAUUAAAAGACUAUGUUCCCCUCCUUUGUCUGCAGAGCAACGUCGACAGUUGGCCAUGCAAGCAUCAGAGCAGCAGACAAAAUCACGCAAUGUGGCUGUGAAGCGCACAACUCCUCUCAACACAGUUCACGUGCAUAAUCUACAGCGUGAUUCAGCAAGGACAGCAGGCAUUUCUCACACCUACCUUUCUAGACGUUUUCGCAGCAGUGUGAUACGUCUAAAUCGACGGGAACCAAAUCAGUGCCAGAACAAUGUAGGAAAGGUCACUGUGAAAUCUGAGAAGGGUUCAGAAGCUGGAAUUCAGAUUGCAGCUGUCACUACCCUCACCUUAGAAGAAUUCUGUGGACAGAAGCCCAGUGAGGAUGCAGAGUGUGCUACUACUUAUCAACAGCAAGGAAGUGUGAUCAAAGAACAGUUCCCAAAUGCAGUGGACACACAACAGUCUCUAACUCAACAGUCUCCAACUCAACUGUCUCCAGCACAGCAGUCUCCAUUGCAACAAUCUCCAUCGCAAUUGUCUCCACCACGACAAUCUCCAUCACAACAGUCUCCUUCUAAAAGUGAGUCUAGGAAGAAACAGCAGCUAGGUUCGAAGCUAAUAAGUCUUCUCCAAGGCAGCAGCAAUGAAUCUAGGGCAUCAAUUAUCAGUGAGGGUAAUAGUUUUCCAGACUUGAAUACAUUCCCUAAAGGUCAUAUACAAGUGGUAAACUGGAACUUUCUCAAGCAACUUUUCGAAAUGAACAACGUUUUUGUGUGGUUGCGUGUCCUUGAUACUGGAAUGAAACUUAUCAUCACACCAACUAAUAGACAACCAUCACCUCAGUUUAUCAAUCUUAAAAAAAUGCGUAAGCUGCAAGGUUUCCCAUCUGUUGUGCAAAAUCUUGUUAUCCCAGGUCGUAUUGAGAAUUCCAAAUAUGCAAUCUUGAGGUGUGAUGGUUCAUGCUGGCAAAUUGCCGGUACCAUAACAAACCGUGUUAAAGGUACACAGGGAGAACAAGCCGGAAUUCAGGCAGACCCAGAACUUGAAGAAGAUUUGCAGCCAUCUGAGACUGAGCAUUUGUCUCCUGAGGCAUGGGCAGGUUCUGGAGUUUCUGUGCCCAGUGACAGAAUUCCCGAUGGGGGGCCGUUUGCUGAACUUCGUUCUAAGAUAUCGCCAGCUCGCUUCAAAGCAAAGAUGUUAGAAUUGCUGGCGGCAGGAGAAUCAACUGAUGCAGAAAUGCGAUUUGAACUGGCAGAUGUAAAUGUGAAUGAAGAAACGUAUUGUGUCACUCAGGGUUUGUACACUUUGCCUCGAGGAGCUGACAAAUUUCACUGGUUUUCUGUACCUCUUGUGAAGAAGUAUGAUAUGGUGUAUGUGGCAUCCAAAAGGUGUGGUGUCGAAUAUGAAGAAAUGCUAGACAUGGUUUACAAGUCCAUGCGGGAUAAAGUGGCACUUUGUAAGCCUCUGCUAGAACGACGGGAAGGAUACGUCCUGGUUAAUGAUCUUUCGUGUCCAAAAUUUGGAGUUUAUGCCACGUUUGAAGCCCCGCAGAAAUUGUUGUUUGGCCCGUUCACAGCAACUGAGCAACAUCGGAUAUCGCUGCACCGACUUGUCAUGCCUCCUAAUCCAGGACCAGCGCAAAGUGUAGGAGGCACCAUUCUUUCUUCGUUGCAGAAGUCAUCUCGCACAAAUGUCAUACAUCGAACUCGUAAAGUGCCCUGUGUGUUGUAUCCAAUGAUGCCUAGUCUAGGUUACAUUCCUGCUGUGCGUCUACACACUGGUGAGAUCACUUUCCGUCACUUUUUCAUCAAGGAUCAAGAACUCAUGUUUCCCAACAUGGAUGCUGUAGACACAUGGCUCGAUAAGUUCCUGCAGUCUAGGAUUUUGUAUGUACCUAAGCAAUUAAGAGUAAAAUGGAAAUGUGUUCCUCUUGAAUGUUUUGAUCCAGCCGCCAAGAAAGUUUUUGACACAAAAAUCCUCAAUGGCAAUCAUGUGAUGACAGUCGUAGGCGUCUUUGAUUUGUAUGAAAUGAAGUACAAUAAUGCUGCAGCAUAUGGGCUGAAGAAUUCACUUCUGCACAAACUGAAAGAGAAGCUUCGUCGGCGAGAUGUUAUGGAAGGUUUCAAUGUUAUUGGCCGUGUGCUUCUUGAUCAAAGUGAUUCUGGGCAUAUGUCAAAGUUGCAGCUUCUCAGGAAAGCCAGAGAAGAAAUUAGACAACUUGAGGCAGAUUUUGUGAAACUUUCAUUUGAAAAGAAUCAAUUGAAGAACAAGAAACAGUCUUUAUUGAAACGUAUGUACAAGGAUGUGAUGCGCAUGUCAUACAAAGAAGAUGUAGAAAAUAUAGUCAGUGAAUUGAAAAAAGUGUGGGAGGUGAAUGACACUCCACCUGUUGUGGAGUUAACUGAAAGUGAAGAUGCUGAUAAUAAAGAAAAUAUUUGCAAAGUCCCAUUGUUUUUAUCACGCAAUACUGAAGGCUCAACAGAUAAAACAGAUAGAAAUGAUGCAGUUAUUGACAUUGCCAGUAGUGACAGUGAUCUGGAUGAUUACCUGUCAGAUGAUCAGCUGAUGCCAGAAACUGGACAAAAUGAUGAAAGUGUGCAGAAUAAAAACUCUGAUCCAAACAAAAACAAGGGAAGUGGAAAGUUCCAAACUCACUCUUUCAGUGCAUGUGAAGAUCAGCAGUCGUGUAGUUCAGGUUCAGAAAAUAUAAGUGUUAAAUUAGAGAGACAGUGCAGCACUCCAGAUCUUAGGACAAUAGACCAAGCUUCCAGCAGUGUUGAAGAAAGAAAGCUUGGAGAUUUAGAACAGACUACACUGAGUGUCAGUAAUCUUAGUAGCAAGAUCAAGAGCGCCUUAAAUAAAACCUCACCGAGUGCAUUAAAUCAGGACCAAAGAAAUGGUGUGGAAGUAAUCAGUCUAUCAGAUGAGGAAAGUGGCUUUGGUGAUAUAAAAAAUUCUUGUUCCACUAAUCUCGAAGUGACUCCAGAAACGUACCAAACCUGUCACAAAGAAGUGCCAAAUGUUAGUAGUGCAGAAAAGCAUAUCAUAAUUUAUCCUGAUGUGCAAACAAAGUCGGUAGUGAAUACAUUGGGACUACAUAGUAAUGUGGUAAACUGUGAGCCAAUGCCAUCUUCCUUAUUAAAUGGGAUAGUUGCCUCCAGUAGUUCAGGUGUGAAUAUACAGCAAGAUUUGAAUCCACCGACCAUUGUGCCAGUCAGUGUUUCACGGGAUAGGUCCUCUGGGCAGUGUAUAUUUAAGAUCGAAGGAGGGAAACUGUAUGUGAAGGGUAAAACUGGAGAAACAAUACCAAUAGUUCCAGGACAGUUUGGAAGUAUACCAACACCUGUUCUGAGACUUCCUGAAACUGCUACACCUGCACUAAAUUAUUCAGGAUCACCUCCAACAUACAGUGAUGCACGUGGACAAAUCCUUUCUGUACCUUGUGCAAGUCGUGAUGAUAAUUAUGUGCCAUCUUCAACAGUGUGCCAAGCAACUUCUUCUGUGAGCAGUGUUUCAAGCUGGCAUGUGCCUUGUGAAUCUCCUGUGAUAUCUGAUGUAAUCCAGUCCAAUGUAUUACCUCAGUCCCCAGAUACACAGUAUUUGAGUUCACCCCCUGUCCCAGUGUAUACUUCACCUCAGAUAUGUAAAUCUACUGAGACCGGGAGUGAACCUGUGUCACCAGUGAGUUUAAAGUUGAACAGUACACUUCCACAUCUCAAUUUAAAUAGUGUGUCAACCUUAAGUUCUGGAAUAGUACAAGGUUCUAUUUUUACACAAGCUGGAUGGACAACAGAUAGUAUGUUGGCUACAACUGGUAAUUCAGAUGCUGUAAACCACAGUGAAAGACAAUAAUGCAGCUUGCAUCUUUUGAAGUGUUGUGUACAUUGUGUCAUUCUUGUGAAGUUGAAUACAAUUCCCCUGUUGAUGAACACUAUGAUAAAGAGAAGUGGUACAGUGUGAUACCUGCAAUGAAAAUUUCUGUGAUGUCUGUAAUAUAUGGAUUUUGAUUGUUAAUCUUUUCUUCAAGGUAUCUGUUCAGACACAUGUUUAUGUGCUUCAGAAUAUUAUCCUGUUAUUGUGUGAAUUGCCCGUUUUUAUACUUUGUGCUUGUGUUUGUUUUUAAUUUAUUCCAUCAUGGUAUCUUUCAAAGGAGACAAAUUUACAGGCAUCAACAUACUGCAAGAGUAUAUCAUAAAUUUUAUUUAUUUUGAAGCAUCAUGAGCAACUAAUUUAAUAGUGUAAUUAAACAGUCUUGCUCAUUAUGGCAGGGUAGUAACUGCAUCUUAUUUAUUCCAUUGAACAGAUAAAAUUGUUUCUAAUUUUGUGAUAUUGUACAUAAAUAUUUAUAGAGGAAAUGUGCAACAAGUUCUUGUGAAUUUCUGAUUUUCGCUAGUGCGGAUAGAUUGUUUUGAGUGAAUUGUGUUUUGGGUGUACAUAGACUGUAAAUAUCAAAGUAUUUUACUUUCUCAAUUUUUGUAUUUAAUUAUUCAAAGAGACUUAUAAAUAUUUUAUGUGUAUACAGUUUUGUACAUAAUAAACAAAAAAUAUGAACUUGUUAAAACAUUAAUGUUUAUGUAACAUUGCAUAUAGUAAAUAGAUGAAGCAU